AUGUUAGGCUCACGCGAUCUAGCUGACUAUGCGGCUAUGCAACCCUUCCUCGACGCAGAGAAUAACGCGAGAGAGCGCAGACAAGUCACCAACCCAAUGCUCCCGUUGCCUACCACCCACUUCUCGACUGAGUUGCUGCGCUCUGCAGCGAACGCACCAGCUAUAGUUGCAGCAAGCACUCCGAGUACCGCAGCUACGUUCAUCAGCAAUCACACUGUACAUGUGACCCCCAUGUCACCGAACGAUGAGUGCGCCAUAUGCUUGGAGAGCUAUACUGAGGAGCUCUGUCUACGCAUCAUAGGUACCCCAUCCUCCAUACGAGCCUAUGGCCAGAGAGCAGGCCACUUACCAGCCAUUAAUGAUCAGCGUCCUCGCCCCCUUCCUCGUCUCGAAGCCCUCCAUACCAACCUGAAUCGCCCCCAAGUCCCACAGGCUCCCAUCGUCAUCGACUCGGACUCGGAAUCUGAAGAAGAGUACGCGACACAGGUACGCAGCUUCCAGGAGUUUACGCGCGAUGUGGCAGAUAUACGGGAGCGAGCACAGCUCACGGAUCGAGCGCACGUUGCACGUCAGCGCCGACAUCGCUAUCGCAGUGUCUCGGGUCACCGAGACAUAGGUGGUACUAGCAACGAGAUGAGUAAUAGACUCGGCAGGUCCAACACGUUAGGAGGUGGAGACAUUAGAAAUAGAAACGGCGCAUUUAACCGUAUCCUGAAUACUGGCCGUCACUUCAACCUCUUCCGGCUACCUCCUGACGACGCACCUUCGUAUACAAACCCGGCAGAAGGUUUUCCAGCAGCGAAUUCUCCAACACUACCCACCUUGCCAGAUCAAGUCUUCGAUCGCUUGGGCAUGGCACCCGUACUAGCCCGCACACCGGAGAACACAUUCACUGCCCCGCCUGCACCAUCCUCCCCUGUCUUCCACGCCAUGACUUCACCUUUGGCCAUCCCUUCAUCGCCCACAUACCAUGGAUUCUCCUCCGGCCCUGCAGCUACCCACGUACCCAACCGGGACAACGUCAUGUCGAAUGCAAACAAUGCAGUACCCCAGCGCCCUACACUACAAGCGAGCUCUUUGCAGCAUACCGACGAGCUCACCCGUCGAGAACAGGCGCUCAUCCAGCGUGAAGAGGACCUCAACUACCGCGGGCAAGCUCUAGAUGCAUUACAGACCGCGCAGAACGUCCGACACCAUCACUUAGAUAGGCGGGAGGCAGCGGUCUUGGAGCGUGAGAGGAAUACGGAGGCUCUGCUGUUGGAUCUACAGAGGCGUAGGACCGAGUUGGCGGAGUUGUUGGGGAGACAGAGGGAGGAGGUUAAUAGGGUUUUGGGUAGUUGA